UUAGGCUUCAAAUAUUCGGACUCUUUCUUCGAAAUCUGAUUGAUUUUGAGGUCUGCCAAGUGCCAAUCACCACACUCACACCGACGUUUUCCGAUUUCUGAAGCUCCGGCCGGAGUUAUAGGUCGAGCUCUUCAGGGUGAGAUGAAAGCAAAUGAAAUACACGGAAAGCCCUCCAGCUGUUUGGUUAAAUGUCUCACUGAUAUAUAAAAAAAACUCAAAUUGCAAACUUUGAACUUCAAAAACAACGUUGAAGAUAGUAGUGCUGGCGAUGGGAAUCCGAUGGCCUAGAAUUUUAACCCCAACGCAUCUCUCUCAAAUUAUAUCAACUCCAAAGAACCCAUUAACUGCGCUCCAAAUCUUCAAUCAAGCCCACCAAAAAUACCCCAACUAUCGUCACAAUGGUCCCGUUUAUGCCACCAUGAUCAACAUUCUUGGCAACUCCGGUCGAAUUCUGGAGAUGAAACAAGUGAUCGAUCAAAUGAAAGACGAUUCCUGUGAGUGCAAAGAUUCAGUUUUUGUCGGUGCUAUCAGAACUUUUGCAAGUGCUGGAAUGGUAAAUGAGGCUUUGAAUCUCUUUAACUGCAUUCCUCAAUUCAAUUGUGUCAAUUUUACUGAAUCUUUUAAUACCAUUUUGGGGAUAGUGCUGAAAGAGUCUAAUUUCAAAGCUGCUUAUCAACUCUUUUCGGACAAUUGUUGGAGGUUGGAAGUGAAAUCUAGGGUGAAAUCAUUGAAUUUGUUAAUGGAAGGGCUUUGCCGAUUCAAAAAAUCCGAUCUUGCCUUGAAUAGUUUCCAAGAAAUGGAUUUUCAAGGUUGUUACCCUGAUAGAGAAAGUUACAGGAUUUUAAUGAAGGGUUUAUGUGAUGAUGGUAGGUUAGAUGAAGCUAUCCAUUUGUUAUAUUCAAUGUUUUGGAGGAUUUCCCAAAAGGGUAGUGGUGAAGAUAUUGUCAUUUAUCGGAUUUUAUUGGAUGCUUUGUGCGAUGACGGGAAGGUUGAAGAAGCUUUAGAAAUUCUUGGGAAGGUUUUGAGGAAGGGUUUAAAGGCUCCGAAGAGCCGUAGACAACGACUUGAUUUAAGUCAAUGCAGAGAUAGGGAAGAUUCAGAAGCUACUAAACGCUUGAUUAAUGAAGCUUUAAUAAGAGGUGGAGUUCCUAGUAUGGAUAGCUAUAGUGCUAUGGCCAUUGAUUUAUAUAAUGAAGGUAGAGUCGAUGAGGGUAAUAAAGUGCUCAAUGAAAUGCAUAAGAGAGGGUUCUUCCCAUCGUUGCCGAUGUACGAAGCAAAGGCAGAAGCUUUGAGUAAGAAGGGGAGAGUUAGUGAAGUAAUCAAAGUAAUCGAAGAGGAUAUCAAGGAAGGAACUUGUGUUCCGAGUGUCGGAUUGUAUAACACCAUAUUGAAAUGUCUUUGUAAUGCAGGGGAUUCAGAAUUAGCCAUUGGAUAUUUGAAGAAGACGUCCAAGCAGGUCGGUUGUGUAGCCACCAAAGAAACCUAUAGCAUUUUGGUUAAUGGGUUGUUCAAAGAAGGUAAAUAUGUCGAAGCAAGUCGGGUUUUGGAGGAGAUGCUGAUCAAAUCACAUCGGCCGGGUGCCGAAACUUAUAACGGACUUAUAAAAGGGCUUUGCUUAAUAGGUAGGCAAUAUGAAGCAGUGAUGUGGCUAGAAGAGAUGGUAAGUCAGGGAAUGCUGCCGGACCUUUCAAUAUGGAACUCAUUGGUUGCAUCUGUGUGUUGUAAAAUGAGUGACAUAGAGAUGUUUAGUAUGAACUCAUUCUAACCCUAUCAAUAUAUU